AUGCAGCACGGCCCCCCGCCGCCGCACGGGCCGCAGCCGCCGCCAGGGGCGCCGCAGCCCAGGCCGCCGCCGCAGCAGCAGCAGCAGCAGCGCAGCGGGGGCGGCGGCGGCGGCGCGCGGCAGCAGCAGCCGCCCGUGGCGGUGCAGCAGGACUUCUGUGCCCACUUUGUCAAGACCCGCAAGCGGCCCCAGAACUUCUUGCGGGACCACCUGGUCCAGGACAAAUAUGAUGGGCAGCCGCAGCUGGAGAAGCUGGUGGUGGCGAAGGACGCGCAGCGCAGCGGGGCUCACUGA